GUCGAGCGGCUUUCGAGCCGAGCCACUCCGACAAACACCACGUGCCACGCGGCCGAGUUGCACGUGCGUUCGCGGAGCUGUCGAGCUUUUAAGCAUCGUGAUCGAAGGUCGUAAGCUUGCGACCAUUCUUUUUAAGGGACAGACGUCGCGUUCUGGCAUUUGCUCUCAACCCUUUCGUUAUCAAAUCAAGUACUCUACGUUCUAGUCCCUGAGCUCGCGUUGUUAAUUGUUGUUUAUACUAAAUGGUUAUCGUACUACUUUGUUCUGUAAAAAGCUGAAAAGAAGUUGUUUGUCUGAUAAAUCAGUGGAAGGCGUUGAGGUUUCGAAGCAUUCAGACAGACUGACAGAUCGAGACUGGCUCGAGUUCGAAGUAUCCCAGCACGAAGCAUUCGAGACACUCUGAGAAAAUUCCAAUAGCUAGACAGGAUCAGGGGUGACGUACAAUGGAUGUGGCCAAAACCGAGCCAAACAAGAACGGACCCGUGCAACGAGAAUGCGGAGGAUGCGGCGGAGUGAUCACGGAAAGGUACUUCCUAAGCGUAUUGGACUCGUUUUGGCACGAGGACUGCUUGAAGUGCACCAGUUGCCAGUGCAGACUCGUCGACGUCGGCCUGUCGCUCUUCACGAGGUCCAAUCUCAUACUUUGCAAGAAGGACUAUUUGAAACUAUUCGGACACACUGGCCACUGCGCUGCCUGCAAUAAGAGCAUUCCAGCCUUCGAGAUGGUAAUGAGGGCAAGGACGAACGUCUAUCAUUUGGAAUGUUUCGCCUGUCAACAGUGUAAUUACAGAUUCUGCAUAGGUGACAAGUUUUUCCUGUGCGAGAACAAAAUCCUGUGCGAGACCGACUACGAGGAGAGACUGGUUUUCGCGAACAUGGCCGCCCACCCACCAUCGACCGCGACAUUAGCACACAUCAAGCGACAGGUGACCAAUCUCCAACCGCCGAUCAUAUCGCCGGGUGGCUCGCAGAGGCAAGUGAACGGCGAGGCGACGCAUAACCACAACGGAUACGCGGCGACGGCGAGCUCCAGCGCCCAUAACAUUCUGAGUACCAUGAAUAAUUUAAACGGUGUCAAUGUACAAGCAUCUUACGAUACCAAAUGACAAACGAAGUAAGCGCCGGAAGCUGUCGAUCCUAUCGUAAAUGCGUUGCCAAAUUCGUUUAACGAUACGUCUCCUAUCAUUAGUCUCGCUAUUAUAGUUAACACUCGAAAGGUUCACUCCCUGAAGAACGAAUUCUACUCUUCCACGGUACACCAUUUAAAACAGUAAUUACUAAUUUAUAAUUACUUUUUAUCAAUAUCGAUGGACUCAGAAAAAUGGACUGACAAAAAGCUAUACGUAAGAUCAAGAUCAACUAUCAAGCACUCAACGAUUUCAUUUUCUUAACAUAACUUUUCUCUUAUGUAUGAAUCGAUAUAAUAGUAAAAACAAUGAAACUUACAGAAAUGAAAAAGAACAAACUGAUAGAAAAAAGAGGAUGGGGUGUAGAUGGGUAGCGUAAGAUAGUAGAUAAUAAUCAGACUCCAAAAAUUGUACUAGUGGAUCUGUGUGGAAAAUCAUUGGUGCUGUUUAGACAAAGUUUAAUUGUUCGAAUUUCGGCUAAAGUAGAAUGUAAAAAUGGACAGGAGCACAGAGUGGACAGCGGCUAGAAUAGGAAAGGGAGGAUGGGAGAGAGAGGCCGACGUGGGCGAGGAAACAAUGCCGGUAAACCGAAUGCUCUGGGGUGAUCAAAGUUUGGCCGUUCUUGCAGUCGACUUUGCUGUCCGUUGCGGGCAACGCCGGUAAAUCUAGCUUUACCGGACUACCGGACCAACGGACUACCGCGGAGGUAGAACUCGAGGAAUGGCCACGGGGCGAAAUUGGCGGGCGAGGUUAGCUUGGCAGAUCGAAUCGGUAGCCGGUAUUCGGUGUCCCGAGCCAAACCAGCCUCGCCACCCCUUGGGGCUCAUACGUUAAGGGUGACUUAAGCAUUGUUUCAACUUCGAAUCUCCCGGUAGAGGGCCAGAUUGAUGUCGCGAACUUUUCCGUUGCCUUAUUUGCGAGUCAGAUAACGAGGCUGAGUUAUGCCUAAAGUUAUUCGUUCUCCUUCCCUCGCUCUUCCUCGGAUCGACUAUUAGAAACGAGGAGAGCUGCUGGAGAGAAUGUUUUAUUUCCUUCAUACCAUAUGCUUCGAGAGAUUUGUCGGCGGGGCGCUUAUGGAAAGAGUUUUCACGAUCGCUCGAACCGAUAAUAGGCUUACGUCUAUCGGGUCGGCGAUAAUUUUUACCCGGCACACGAAUACUUUUACCCUCUCGGCGAGCAAACAUAUCUUGUCUCAUCCGAUUAGCAUCUCGUAACGCGCUGGGAUAGAAGUACUCGAACGCGAACGAACCUACGAUUCCGUUCGCUCUCCGUUUGCUACCUUUUUCUAUCGAAACGUUCUGUUUGUACUUUGCCAAGCGUAACGAAUACUCAACGACCCCGCGAGUACGCGUAGUUCCUAACGCUAAGCGUCACUUGACAAAAAAAUGUAAUGAUGAAUAAAAAGAAAAAAAAACUAUAUCGUACGACUACUAAACCAAAUCAUUGUCUAACCAAAUAAUUCGUGUAGACUACAAUUAAUUACGGAAAACGAUCUUUAGGCAAACUAUCAUAUACCAUCGACGAAUAUCGUGUAUCCAUGCUGCUUGUUUAACAGGAAAAAGGGAAACACUUAAUCAUCUUCGUCUUAAAACCAAUGUAUGGUACAUGUAAAGACUUUGAACGUAAAUACGUAAAACAGUGUAUAUGUUCAAUAGCAUAGAUAUGUUUUGUAUCAUAGUUCUAUCAUAGGAAUAUUUCAAAUAAAAUUACUGUUUCGAUGUUAA